AUGGACAUUGAAGGAUUUCGCAGAGCAGGCUACGCCGCUGUCGACGCUGUAUGCGACUACUAUACCAAUCUCUCCAAGAAGACCGUCAGGGCUCAAGUCUUGCCAGGGUACCUAAUCGACCAGCUCCCCCGCGAGGCGCCAAAGACUGAUGAAGACUUUGCCCUCGUCCAAUCCGACUUCGAAUCCCUCAUCCUCCCCGGCAUCACCAACUGGCAGCACGGCAAGUUCAUGGCGUAUUUUCCAGGUAUCAGCACCUUCGAAUCGAUGAUUGCCGAUCUCUACGCCACGAGCGUCUCCAACCCCGGCUUCAACUGGGUCUGCUCGCCCGCAUGUACAGAGCUCGAGCAGGUCAUGAUGGACUGGAUGGCCAAGCUGUUUGGACUGGGCAAGAUGUUCCAUAUCGAGUCGGGUAAGGGAGGAGGGGUUAUUUUGAACUCGGCAUCCGAGGCGGUCUUGACGGCGGCGGUAGCAGCUCGCGAGACGGCGCUACGAUACCUGGCGACUACCGAACCGGGGUCCACACUGUCGGGCGACGGCUUUGAUAUCCCGGACGAUAUCCGCGCAAAGUACAGCUCCAAGCUCGUCAUGUAUGGCAGUACCCAUACCCACUCACUAGGUCAAAAGGCCGCUCUUAUCUUUGGCUUGACUUUCCGGGCUGUACCAGUUUCCACGGCGGACAAGUACGCGUUAAGGGGAGAUGCUUUGCAAGAGGUCAUCGAUCAGGAUAUCAAGGAUGGGCUGAUCCCGUUUUUCGUCAUCGCGACAGUAGGGACUACCUCCACUGGAACUGUAGACCGCAUCGACGAGAUUGGCGCAGUCUUGGCCGAGUACAAUACCAUUUCGCUUCAUAUCGACGCUGCGUGGGCUGGGGUCGCCCUAGCUCUGGAGGAUCAACGCGGCUAUCUCAGACUGGCCGAUAUCAACCGCUACGCCACCUCGUUCUGCACCAACAUGCACAAGUGGGGAUUGGUCGCGCUUGACUGCACCCUCUUCUUUGUUCGGAAUCGCAAGGUCCUCAAUCUCGCCCUCGAUGCUACGCCUGCGUAUCUUCGGUACAAGGAAGCGGAGACAGGUGCGGUCAUUGACUAUCGAAACUGGCAGCUCGCGCUCGGGCGGCGCUUCAGAAGUAUCAAGGUGUGGUUCGUCAUGCGCAGCUAUGGGGUCAAGGGCUUCCAGGAUCACCUUCGAGUGGGAAUCGAUCACUGCCAACAACUCUCAAAGCUCAUCAUCGCCUCCCCCUCUUUCGAGCUCGUCACGGCCCCCUCCCUUGCCCUACUCACUUUCCGCCUCGGAGGUGCCGCCAUACCGGCCGACACUCUCCCGGCCGAGCGCAACCUACUCAACACACUUCUCAACGUCCGUCUCAACGCACGGUACGAUGUCUUUCUCACGCAGACAUUGCUGCCGAGCACAGAUGAGGAGGAUGUGUUCUGCAUACGGGUAGCGCUAGGCGGAAGGCGGACGACGAUGCGGGAUGUGGAGGAGGUGUGGGCGGUGGUUGUGGAGGAAGGAGAGGAGGUUCUACGGGAGUGGACGAAGACAAGUGGCGCUGCGUGGGCUUGA